AUGAAGUUUGAUCUUUCCAUCAUCGCCGCCGCUACUGCUCUUGCCGGCUCAGUCUCAGCCGCUCCUCAGAACAGCAACAACGGUAAUAACUGGCAGAGCUACGCUUCUCAAGCAAGUUCUUACUGGCAGUCAGCCGCUCCUACCGCAACUGGCGAGUGGUCUUCUUGGGCCAAUGCCGCCUCAUCGUACUGGAACAGUGUAAGCCCUAGCGCUGCUCCCUCGCAGUGGUCGUCCUACGCCUCUGCCGCAUCUUCAUACUGGGCCUCAAACAGCGGUAGCCAGAUCACCGCCGCACCCUCCGCUUUCCCUUGGGCUGGCGGCUACGGACCUGGAGGUCACGGCGGCCCUGGAGGCUGGAAGGGUGGUAACGGAUAUGGUCCUUUCGGCGGCAACGGCAGUGGCAGCAAUGCAACAAACUCCGGCUGGGGUCCUUGGGGUCAGAGCGGUGCUUGGACUUCCGGUCCCUGGACUUCUUGGUGGGGUGGAAGCAACUGCCCUGAUAGCACAUGGUCUGGUUGGACUUCCGGACCUUGGGGCACAAGCGCACCUUGGACUUCUUGGUCCGGCUGCCAGGCUUCUACCACUGCCACUUCUACCGUCACCACUACUGUCUCGGGCACACCCACCACUUCUCUUGCCUACGGUGUUCAGGUAGCGGCUGCCUCUCAAGUCUCAGGAUCCGGAUCUGGUACUGCAGCCACUGCUUCGGCAAGCGGCGCUGCUGCCCAUGUUGGAGUAUCUGGCGCUGGUGUCGGUAUUGGAGCUGCUGUCGCUGCCUUGUUGAUGCUGUGA